UUGGCGCAGCGCGACAGAUUCACAGCAGCAAGACGAAGCAAGGCGCUCAACAGCGAGGAAUGAGACGUUCAGGCUCGGCAACAGCAGCAGCGGCCGCGACCCUCGCGCGGCACGCGAACACUUGUUGCUGUGCCGGUUCCCCGGCCCUUGGGCUGUUGCCUGGAGCCGCAGCCAGCAGCAGCACCCAUAGGUCGGCCUUAAGCAGCAACAGCAGCCAUGGCGGAGACGGCAGCGGGCACUACGACGCAGCAAUGCGAAGACGGGAAAGCUGCGUCAUCAGGAGCAGGCAUAGAUGGAGUGUGCAAGAAGCAGCAGCAGCCUUGGCAACCACCACCUCGCGUAGGGCUCCGGGUGGGGUGGCGGGGGCAAGCGGGCAGGGGUCGGUGGCGGGGUCCGUGCGAGCCCUGAGCAGCUCGUUCUUGGCGGACGCUGUGCGGGAGACGGCCACGAAUCACUGCAUCGAUAGGGUCGUGAACGGUGGCCUGGAUGGCACCGUGCCUGUGGACAAGGAUUCUCCUACGGUAGAGGUGCAAGACUUUGUCUACGACAUCGAUUUCGCACAAAGGCCUUCUGGGACCUCGCAGUCGCUGACGGACGGGCCAGACCCUUUCGAGCUGGUGUCGGGAGAGCUGGCGGGUCUGAGCGACGGCAUCAAGUCCCUGAUCGGCACGGAGCACGCCGUGCUUAACGCGGCGGCCAAGUACUUCUUCGAGCUAGACGGCGGCAAGAAGAUACGUCCCACGAUGGCGAAGGUCGUUAUCCUGAUGAGCCAGGCGUGCAACAGUAAUUCGCGGCAGGUUCGACCGGAUGUCCAACCGGGAACAGAGCUGGUGAACCCGCUGCAGCUGAGGCUAGCGGAGAUUACGGAGAUGAUCCACGCCGCAUCCUUGUUCCACGAUGACGUCAUCGACGAGGCGGAUACGCGGAGGGGGGUGCCGUCGGUGAACAAGGUCUUCGGCAACAAGCUCGCCAUUCUUGCCGGCAAUUUUCGUGACUUUCUGCUAGCUCGGUCGUCGAUGAGCUUGGCCCGCCUGAGAAGCCUCGAGUCCGUGGAACUCAUGUCCGCCGCCAUCGAGCAUCUGGUUAAGGGAGAGGUUCUGCAGAUGAGACCGACGGAGGAUGGGGGGGGUGCCUUCGAGUACUACGUGAGAAAGAACUACUACAAGACGGGCAGCCUCAUGGCCAACAGCUGCAAGGCCUCUGCGGUGCUCGGCCAGCACGACCUCGAGGUGCAAGAGGUGGCGUUCGAGUAUGGGAAGCGGGUGGGAUUGGCGUUUCAGCUCGUGGACGAUAUUUUGGAUUUCGAGGGGAACGCCUUCACGCUGGGGAAGCCGGCGCUCAAUGACUUGCGGCAAGGCCUGGCGACCGCGCCUGUACUGCUUGCUGCUGAGCAACAGCCGGGGUUGGCCAAGCUUAUCUCGAGGAAGUUUAGGGGUCCCGGGGAUGUGGACGAGGCGUUGGAGCUGGUGCACAGGUCGGACGGCAUCGCGCGUGCGAAGGAGGUGGCUGUCGUGCAGGCAGAGAAGGCCAUGUCCGCGAUCUUGACGCUGCACGACUCCCCCGCACAGAACGCGCUCGUGCAGCUAGCCCACAAGAUCGUCAACCGGAACCACUAACCACUAGCCCUACGAUUAACUACUCUUUUUCCUGGCGAACUGAAGUCAACUUUUGUUCCUUUUUUUUCGUUCGCAAGCCAACGAUGAUGACGACCGCCUGUCUUUUCGUCAAGAUGUCCGACCGUGGUUGACUGGUUUUGGGGGGCCUUGGCCGCACUAUUACGCGACACGCUGCGUCAACCAAGUCCUAAUACUGUUGUACUGCUGUGCUGGAGUGUUUCGCUAGGGUUAGUCGGACGCCGGAUAUGUCAUCGGGGAGAGACUGUUGACGCCGGUAUCUCGCGGCCCGUACGGUUUUGUAGGCACGGUGUUGCCGACGGUUCGUCUUCUUCUGCUUGGUUGCUAUUGGGAGAAUGAGCAAAGGUCGGUGGGGCAAGUGUGGUCGGUCUCCGUGAUGAAGACUGGAUGCUGUGGCUGAGCCAGUGAUGCUGCUAUCGCUCCCCCCCCCCCCCCCCCCCCCCCCNCCCCUAGCACAGCGCACCCUCCAUGCUACUCGCCGAAUAUCUCACGGCGCUUCGUGCUCGGUGAUGUGAGAGCCUGGUCCGGUGAGAACCCGGCGUGCUCCGCCCCGGCUUUGUGGGCAUGUGAGGUCAAUGCCCUAACGACUACGGCAUGCACGACUAAGAUUUAACACACAUCGGGGGGUUGCUGUAGAUCAUUGCGAAGCCCGGAGGGAGGGAGUAGCCACCCCGAAUCGUGUGUCGGUUCAAGGCUCCUCCAAAUAGCUUGCAUACAGUAGCGUCAUCCAAUCUUGAGGAUUUCGGUUGGCAGGGAUCGACCGGACUUCCAAUCCGUGUUGGCCUACAUCGUGCCGCACCCGCCCCGUUAGGCGGUCUGGUGUCGUUGAACGCCGGCCUCUGGAGAAACCAACCGCGGGUUUUGCUGCGGCACACCUCCUGGCUGAUGAUGGCUCACCGCAAUAACAAGAAUGCACCUUGCGAGUUGUGUUGGAUCCUUGUUGUGUUUGUUGCAAGGGAGAGCAUUUGGGGGGCCAAUCGAUACCGACGGGGGCUCCGUGAGAUAGCAUGAAAACGUGUGCCGUGUACCAUCAUUUUUCUCCCAGCUUGUUGCCCACCUCAAGGCUGUCCCGUGCCGCCCAAGCGCGACCGAUCGCGAUCGAGAUCAAUUUCAUGUGGAAUCGAGACGGUGGGAUGGGCACACCCGGAAAAAAUAAUAUUCGCCGUCCCGCACUCCGCGGUUGCAUUCAGCGUACCCUCUGGU